UUUUUAUACCAUGCACGAUAAGAAAAAAAUAAAAACAAGCAAGACAGUUUUCAAGAAUUGAACCAUGGGUGCGUAUCCUGUAGAACUGUACAUCUACGAACUGUCGCCAGAGUCCCAAAUUUGGUGUAGGGACCAAUUCCUGCAAGUGUUAUCAGCAGAAGAGGAACUUCUACAUACCAGCAUUGUGGUUCACGGGACUGAAUAUAGUUACGGCGAAAACGGAAUAGAAGAGCAAGAACCAAAACUGCGCCCGCAGUGCGAAGACGAAGAUUUUGAAGAAGCAGUCACAAGCAUUAAAAUACUCGGAAGAACAAAAUUUACAAAAUCCGAAGUAGAGGAGCUUGUGGCGAAAUUGAGGAAAGACAGCACUUGGUUUUCAUAUAAGUUUAACCCCGUCGAACACAACUGCCACCACUUUUCACAAAUGUUUAUUAAACUCUUGUGCGGAGAAAAAGUGGUUUUGCCACUGGAAGUUGACGAAUUCAACAAACAACUUUUGUCUUAUCGGGAUUCGUGGAUUGACGAGUUUUAUGAAGAGGAAAAUUUGCCUCGUAAUUCAUAGAAGAUAUUGUGGAUGAGGUGGGUUUAGGAAUCUAUUUGAAUACAGUUUUUGUUUUGAAAGUGUACCUAUUUGUGGUGAAAAAUGUCAGAUGGUGUGGGGUAUGCAACCAUCAAUACAUCGCAGUUGCUACUAAAUGUUUUUAAUAAAAUUUUAAAGUACAGGGAUA